AUCACCGUACCAGUCAUGCCAAUUAACAUAACAUAAUAAUGGAGGCUGAUUUUUAAUACAGGUUUAACUAGUAAAUGAACUUGGACUAUCUGGUGCCAAACUGUAAAAAAAAAAAAAAAAAAAACAAUUGUUAAUGGAGUCCUUUUUAAUCUUCUAAAUGAAUGAGGAUUAUAUAACUAAGAGUGAGGACCCCUGCCAGGUCAUAUAUAUUUUCCACUAAUAUUUCUCUAACGUAAUCAUAUGUAAGUCGAAGCCAGAAAAGGCCAUUAUGAUUAAAUAAGAAGACAACCUGAUCUGCAGAGAAUCCAAUUCAGAAGGUGACUGCUGAUACUGCUGUUGAUUCCUUCUAUCUUUUUUAAUUAGCACGCUAAUAAUCAUUUCUAAACAGCUAAAUAACGUCUCUUAACUUCUCGUAUGGAGUGACAUGAUUGGCGGAAAUAUUACAUAGGAAAUUUAAGGCAUAAAACCUUCAUCCCUGCUCGAUAUGGCCUCUCCUGGUUGGCCUGCUCACUUCAGUGUCAUGUCAAUGCUUUAUUACCAAAAUACACUAAAUUCUUUUUUUUUUUAUCCAUAAAAGGAUUUCUUUUGAAUUUAUAAUUUGGAUUUUUUACCUCAACAGCCAUUUCACAUAUAAUGUUUGUUGCUAUCAUUUUAGCUGAUGCAUAAUAAGUAUAGGUUUGGGAGAACCCAACCCAGACCAUUCACCCACCCAUUGAGACGGCCCUAGACGUAACAAAGCUAUAUUAAACAUUUUAAUCUUAAAUCCAAUCAAGUGAACUUAAUUGGGGCCAGUUCUGCUAAAACAUUAUAACAUGAAUAUCUAGAGACUGAAAUCCAAAUUUCCACCAUCAGACCAUAAAAGAAAAGAAGGAGAGGAUUAUAAUGGUGGGAAAGAAGGAAUGAAAGAAGAAGAAGAAGAGGUGGAGAGAAAGACAAGCCAGAGAAACCUGUCUGCAAAAGAGAAAAGCAAAAAAGCUGAAAGUGAGGAACUAAAGGAGAAAGAUCAAGGGCAUGGAAGAGAAAGACCAUAUGAAAAAGAGCAUGGGAGCAGACAUCACUAUGAAAUUGAGGAAGAGAAUGAACGAGAGAGAGAGCAAGAGAAAAAAGGGUUUGCUGGAAAAGAACAUGGGAGAAGACAUCACUCUGAAGGUGAUGAAGAAAGAGAGCGGCCCACUGAGAAAGAGCAUGGGAAAAGACAUCGCUCUGAGGGAAAGGACAAAAGAGAACAUGAGAGAAGAGAUUAUUCUGAAAGUCAGAAAGAAACAGAGAGGCUCUCUGAUAAAGAGCAUGGGAGAGGACAUCACUCUAAAGCAGAGGAAGAAAGAGCGUAUGAGAAAGAUAAUGGGAGAAGACAUUACUUUGAAACAGAGGAAGAAAGAGAAAAUCCCUCUUCUGAAAAAGCGCAUGGGAGUGGCCAUCACUCUCAAAGAAAUAGCGAGAUGAAGGGACCCUUCAUGAAAGAGCACAGGUGGGGACAUCACUCUGAAGAAGAAGAAAUGACAGAGAGGUCAAUUGAAAAAGAACAUGGGGGAAGCCAUCCUACAGAAGGUGAGGAAGGAAGACAGAGACCUUCUGUAAAAGGGCAUGGAGGAAGUCAUCACUCUGAAAUAAAGGAUGAGAGGAACAGAACCUCUGAAAAAGAACAUGGCAGAAGAGAUCACUCUGAAAGGGAGGAGGAAAGACAGAGGUCAAGUGAAAAAGGACAUGGUAGAAAUCAUUACUCCAAUGGAGAUGGAGAAAGAGAGAAGCCAUCUGGUGGAAGACAUCGAUCUGAAGAUGAGCGUAUGAAGGAGAUGCAUGGGAGAAGACAUCACUCUGAAAGUGAAGAUGAGAUGAGACGGCACUCUAAAAAAGACCACUGGAAUAAACAUCACUCUGAAGAAAAAGGAGAAAGAGAUUUUGAAAAACAGCAUGGAAGAAGAAAUCACUCUGAAGGAAAUGAAGAAAGAGCCCUCCACUCUGUAAAAGAACACUGGGGAAAACAUCACACUGAAGAAGAAGAAGAAGAAGACAAGACAAGAAGAUACUCUGAAAAUGAUCAUGGGGGAAGACAUCAUUCUGAAGAGGAGGAAGAAAGAGAGAGGGCUUUCAAAAAAGUGCAUGGAACAAAACAUCACUCUGAAGGAAGAGAAAGGUUGUCUGAAAAUGUCCAUGGGGGAAGACACCACUUUGAAGAAGAAGAAGAAGAAGAAGAAGAAGAAGAAGAAGAAGAGAGGUUUUUUGAAAAAGAGCAUGAGAGAAGACAUCACUCUAAAGAAGAGGAAGAAAGAGAGGCUGAGAGAAGACAUCACUUUGAAAAGGUCCACGGGUUAGGACAUCACUCUGAAGAAGAGGUAUCCUCUGAAAAAGAGCAUGGCAGUAGAUAUCCCUCAGAGCACUGGGGAAGACAUCACUCUGUAGAAGAGAAAGAAAAAGAGAUACCAUCUGAAAAAGACCACUGGGGAAGCUAUCACUCUGAGGGUGAAGAAAUGCGGGGGAAGUACGCUAAAAGAGAACAUGGGAGACAUCACUCUGAAGAUGAAGAAGAUGAAGAAGAAAGCCUGUUUAAAACAGGGUAUGGGGAAGGACAUCACUCUGAAGUAGAAAGAAAACGACAAAGACUUUCUGAAAAAGGACAUGGGAGAAGACAUCACUCUGAAGAAGACAAGCCAAGGAGGACCUCUGCAAAAGAAAAUGGGGCAACACAUCACUCUGAAGGAGAGGAGGAAAGAGAAAGUCCCUCUGAAAAAGAACAUGGGACAAGACAUCACUCUGAGCAUUGGGGAAGACAUCACUCUGAAGGAGAGGAAGACAGAGAGAGACAUUCUGAAAAAGAGCAUGGGACAGGACAUCACUCUGAAGGUGAGGAGGAGGAAAGAGAGAGUCCCCCUGAAAAAGAGCAUGGGACAGGACAUCACUCUGAAGGUGAGGAGGAGGAAAGAGAGAGUCCCCCUGAAAAAGAGCAUGGGACAAGACAUCACUCUGUGCACUGGGAGAGACAUCACUAUGAAGGUGAGGAGGACAGAGAGAGACACUCUGAUAAAAAGCAUGGGACAAUACAUCACUCUGAAGGACAUGAAGACAGAGAGAGACACUCUGGAAAAGAGCAUGGGACAAGACAUCACUCUGAAGGGGAAGAGGAUAGAGAGAGAGACUCUGAUAAAGAGCAUGGGACAAGACAUCACUCUGAAGGGGAAGAGGAUAGAGAGAGAGACUCUGAUAAAGAGCAUGGGACAAGACAUCACCCUGAGCACUUGAAAGGACAUCACUUUGAAGGUGUGGAGGACAGAGAGAGACACUUUGAUAAAGAGCAUGUGACAAGACAUCACUCUGAGCACUGGGACAGCCAUCACUCUGAGCACUUGGAAGGACAUCACUCCGAAGUGGAAGAGGUCAGAGAGAGACACUCUGAUAAAGAGCAUGGGAAAAGACAUCACUCUGAGCACUUGGAAGGACAUCACUCUGAAGGGCAAGAGGCGAGAGAGAAACACUCGGAUAAAAAGCCUGGAACAAGACAUCACCCUGAGCACUGGGGAAGACAUCACUCUGAAGGUGAGGAAGACAGAGAGAGACACUCUGAAAUAGAACAUGGGACAAGACAUCACUCUGAGCACUGGGGAAGGCAUCACUCUGAAAGACAGGAAGAUAGAGAGAGACACUCUGAAAAAGAGCAUGGGACAAGUCAUCACUCUGAAGGAGAGGAGGACAAAGAGAGACACUCUGAUAAAGAGCAUGGGACAAGACAUCACUCUGAGCACUUGGAAGGACAUCAUUUUGAAGGUGAGGUGGACAGAGAGAGACACUCUGAAAUAGAACAUGGGACAAGACAUCACUCUGAGCACAGGGAAGGACAUCACUCUGAACGUGAGGAGGAAAGAAAGAGUCCCCCUGAAAAAGAGCAUGGGACAAGACAUUACUCUGAGCAUUUGGAAGGACAUCACUAUGAAGGUGAGGAGGACAGAGAGAGACACUCUGAUAAAAAGCAUGGGACAAUACAUCACUCUGAGCACUUGGAAGGACAUCACUCUGAAGGUGAGGAGGACAGAAAGAGACACUUUGAUAAAGCGCAUGGGAAAAGGCAUCACUCUGAGCACUUGGAAGGACAUCACUCUGAAGGUGAGGAAGACAGAGAGAGACAUUCUGGAAAAGAGCAUGGGACAAGACAUCACCCUGAGCACUGGGACAGACAUCACUCUGAAGGUGAGGAGGACAGAGAGAGACACUCUGAAAAAAAGCAUGGAACAAGACAUCACUCUGAAGGUGAGGAGGAAAAAGAGAGUCCCCCUGAAAAAAGGCAUGGGACAAGACAUCACCCAGAGCAUUGGGACAGACAUCACUCUGAAAGAAAGGAAGAUAGAGAGAGACACUCUAAUAAAGAGCAUGGGACAAAACAUCACUUUGAAGGUGAGGAGGACAGAGAGAGACACUCUAAUAAAGAGCAUGGGACAAGGCAUCACCCUGAGCCCUUGGAAGGACAUCACUUUGAAAGAAAGGAAGAUAGAGAGAGACACUCUAAUAAAGAGCAUGGGACAAAACAUCACUUUGAAGGUGAGGAGGGCAGAGAGAGACACUCUGAUAAAGAGCAUGUGACAAGACAUCACUCUGAAGGGGAAGAGGACAGAGAGAGACACUCUGAUAAAGAGCAUGUGACAAGACAUCACUCUGAAGGGGAAGAGGACAGAGAGAGACACUCUGAUAAAGAGCAUGGGACAAGACAUCACUCUGAGCAGUGGGGAAGACGCCACUCUAAAGGUGAGGAGGAAAGAAAGGGACACUCUGAAAAAGAGCAUAUGGCAAGACAUCACUCUGAAGGGGAAGAGGACAGAGAGAGACACUCUGAAAAAGAGCAUAUGGCAAGACAUCACUCUGAAGGGGAAGAGGACAGAGAGAGACACUCUGAUAAAGAACAUGGGACAAGACAUCACUCUGAAGGAGAAGAACACAUAGAGAGGCCUUCUGAUAAAAAGCAAUGGAGUGAACAUCACUCAGAAGACGUCCAUGGUGGAAGACAUCAUUCCGAGGGUAAAGUAACGAGGGACAUUAAAAGAGAACAUGGUAGACAUCACUUUGAAGUUGAAAGCCUGCUUGAAACAGAAAAUGGGGACAGACAUCACUCUAAACCAGAGGCAGUAAGACAGGGAAAAAGAGAAAAUGAACAUGGGGGAAGACAUCACAAUGAAGAAGAAGAAGAAGAAGAAGAAGAAGGUGAAAGCCUGUUUGAAAAAGAGCAUGGGGGAAGUCAUGACAAGACAUCAAGGUUCUCUGGAAAAGACCAUGGGAGAAAACAUCAUGAAAAAGAGCAAGAUAAAGAACAUGAGCACAAGAAAGCUCUACUGAAGCUUCUGCUGUCUGGAAAAACUCAGCCUAAGAGGCUAAAGGGAGUGAUAUAUGAUGACUUUAAAGACUGUGAGUGUCACGGCCACUCCAACCGCUGCAGUUUCAUCGACUACCUGAACAUUGUCACGUGUGUGAGCUGUAAGCAUAACACACGUGGCCAAAACUGCCAGCACUGCCGCAUGGGCUUCUACAGGAAUUCCUCAGUUGAACUGGACGAUGAGAGUGUGUGUGUGGAGUGUGGCUGUAACCAGAUGGGUUCACUACAUGACCGCUGUAAUGACACUGGAUUCUGCCAGUGUAAAGAAGGCACCACGGGCAUCAAGUGUGAUGAAUGUUUGCCUGGAUACUACUGGAAGCAGGGCUGUCAACCAAACGUGUGUGAUGAGGAGCUGUUGAUGUGCCAGAACGGCGGUACAUGCCACCAGAACCAGCGCUGCAUCUGCCCACAUGAAUUUAAAGGUGUCCUAUGCCAGCACUCACGCUGCGAAGACGGGAAGAAGUGCAUCCACGGCGACCACAAUGGCGCCUCUGUGCCUGCUCUGAGCCUGGCACUGCUGGUGCUGUGCCCGCUCCUCACCCUCCUGCUGGGUUCUGCAGUCCUGCGUCCUGAAACAGUGCCCGUCUUUCUCCCACCGUCACACACAUCGACACACACCUGUGACGGCGCACUGGCCAUUACUCUGCUCUGCACCCUCAAGGAACCUAGGACUUCCUGGACAUAGAAAUAGGGAAGAUAAAUGACUCAAAAUGAGAGAUUUGUAAUUUUUUUUCUGUUUUCUUUUCUUUUUCACAAAAGAAAAACCAUAGCCCAAAAAUAAAUAAUAUAUACAUGUAUCAAACAUUUAUAUAUAUUUAUACACACACAUAUAUAUAUAUAUAUAUAUAUAUAUAUAUAUAUAUAUAUAUAUACUAUACAAGUAUCAAUAACAGAUAUGAAGAAGUUUAGGCACUAUCCUCAUUUAAUGAUUUAGGAAAAAAACAUUUAUAGUAGCAGGGAGAGAACUACAGGAAUCUCAGCACUCUGAUUGGACGAGCAAGAGAGGCUCUGCCUUUAUAUCACCCUGCUGUGCUGCUGUAUGUAACAAACUCACUGUUAAAUGCUAAAAAGUUAUAUAUAUAUAUAUAUAUAUAUAUAUAUAUAUA